CAUCUGUUUUUGAAAUAACGCUAUUUGAAAUUAAUACUUAUUUCAAAUCUAAAUUGCUGUAAUUAACAUGUUAUCUAUUAUAUGUGUUAGCCACUGUAAGAAACAUCAGCCAGAAAGGACAAAUAUUGAGCAAACUAGCUUUUCAGCUGCAAGGCAAAGAUGUUCAUAACUUUACAUUCACAAAUAUACUGUCAAAGUGCAUUGCUUUGAAAUGAUAAAUGUAAUUAAAGUAACGUGAUAUCAAGACAUGAUUAUUUAGGCCAAAACCUACCAAAUUUUGAUGACAUUUCAGAUACAACAAAAACUGUUGUAAAAAAACAAAAACAAAAAACCUCAUUAGAUAUCUACACAACAAACACCCAUUAGAUAGCUACACACCCAACACCCAUUAGAUAGCUACACACCCAACACCCAUUAGAUAGCUACACACCCAACACCCAUUAGAUAGCUACACACCCAACACCCAUUAGAUAGCUACACACCCAACACCCAUUAGAUAUCUACACAACCAACACAUAUUAGAUAUCUACACAAUAAACACCCAUUAGAUAUCUACACAACCAACACCUAUCAGAUAUUUAUACAAUAAACACCCAUUAGAUAUCUACACAACCAACACCUAUCAGAUAUCUACACACUAAACACAUAUCAGAUAUCUACACACUAAACACACAUCAGAUAUCUACACACUAAACACACAUCAGAUAUCUGCACAAUAAACCCACCUCAGCAGGCCCAUGUAAACCCAGAUAGUUUAAAGAUAGUUUUAUAGGUAGAACAAGCAGUGCCCAAACACAGCCCAUGUAACCAUGCCAACUGGAGAUCAACUGUUGCCCUGCCCAGUAAACCCAGAUAAAUCCCACAUGGGGCCUACUCACACAUGCUGACUGGGUCAAUUGUAAUCCAGAUGAAUCUGAUGACUUUUAAGGAUGUUGAAUACUUUUGCAGCCUCAUGUAUAGUUUCACUGUCUAUCAUGUAUAUUUGAUGAAUUCCAUAAACUUUAUUCACUUUCCAAUUCAGGCCUGAUGUCCUGCACGUGUGCAGUACAAGGAUCCCUGGUCAUGCAGCCAGUCUUCUCCAGCCUAUCUACAAAGUUAAAUACAACUUUGGUUGUAUUUAAGUAUGUAGUUAGGCUGCCAGAUUAAUUGUAUGAACAAUGCGCAUGCGCAUAGGUCAGCUCAUGUGAAAUCUUUAUGCGUCAAUUUCUUUGACAACGUCAACUAUUUUACAUACAUUAGAAGCUGGCCCUUUACGAACAUUGCUAAUUUGGACGAUUUGAAAAGACUUUUAUUGUGGUAGGUAAUCUUGCUUCCCCCUCCCCCACCCUAUUUGGGAUUUCCGUGUUGCUCAUAUGACACUGAUUUGAAGAUGGUUUCUGUUCCAUGGCAUUCCCGUGUGCGCCACUACGAGGCCGAGCUGCGGAGCUGCCGUGCGGCAGUCGCGUCCGUGGACUUCGGCGACUACCAUCCCCUCAAACCGAUCACGGUGCUGGAUUCCAGGAGCCGGCGCGGAGGGCGUAAAGGCAGCACAUCCUCCUCUUCCUCCUCCUCCAGCUCGGUGGCCCCCGACCCCCUGAGCUCCUUGCUGGAGGGGACGGACCCUCUGUCCCUCUUCGCCGCGGCCGCCGAGGCCGCCGAGGCCCCCACCCUGCCCCACAGUGCUUCUGCCAUGGAGCUGGGGAGGAGAAGGAGGGAGCGAGAGGAGGAGGUGGGCUUGGAUUUCGAACCCUGGGCAGCCAAACGUGGGGAGAUCCUUGCCAGGUUCACCACCACAGAGAAGCUCUCCAUAAACCUCUUCAUGGGAUCUGACAAAAGCAAGGCCUCCAGCCCCUCCUCUGCAGUCUCAGAGAAGGUGCGCACUCGUCUGGAGGAGCUGGAUGACCUGGAGGAGGGCUCUCAGAGGGAGAUGAUGAACCUGUCUCAGCAGGACUAUGUAAACCGGAUUGAGGAUCUUAAUCAGUCUCUGAAGGAGGCGUGGUCUUCAGAUCAGAAAGUUAAAGCCCUCAAAAUUGUUAUCCAGUGCUCCAAGCUGCUUUCAGACACAUCUGUGAUCCAGUUCUAUCCCAGCAAGUUUGUUCUCAUCACCGACAUCCUGGACACCUUUGGUCAACUGGUGUAUGACCGCAUCUGGUCCAUGUGUUCAGACCCUCAUUCCCUUCCAGACACCUUCUCCGCGGAGGAUGUGAACGACACGGCCAAGGAGACCUGCCUCAACUGGUUCUUCAAAAUCGCCUCCAUCAGGGAGCUGAUUCCUCGGCUAUAUGUGGAGGCCGCCAUACUGAAGUGCAAUCGCUUCCUGAACAACUCUGGGAUUCAGGAGACGGUUCCUCGUCUCACAGCUAUGGUUCGGGGCAUUGGCGACCCCUUGGUGGCUGUGUACGCUCGGGCCUAUCUGUGCAGGGUGGGCAUGGAGGUGACGCCCCACCUGAAGGACAGCCUGAACAAGAACUUCUUCGACCUGCUGGCGUCCUUCCGCCAGAUCCACGGCGACGCUGUCCAGAACCAGCUGGUGCUCCAGAGGGUGGAGGUGCCUGUCUACCUCACCCUCUACUCCCCUGCCAUCCACUGGAUCCUGCAGUGUGUGGCCUACAGGGCGUCAGAUGUGCUGCUAACGGAAAUGAUGGAGAGGUGCAAGAAGCUGGGUAACAAUGUGUGUGUGUGUGUGUGUGUGUGUGUGUGUUUUUUUACUCAUAGUGCUCUCCUGCUGAAUUCCGUGAUGUGGGCCUUCCGAGCUGAGUUUGUAGCUGCAAGAGCCACCGACUUCAUCAGCAUGAUCAAGGACUGUGAUGAGACUGGAUUUCCCAAGCACCUGUUGUUCGGUUCUCUGGGCCGUAGCCUUGCGUGCGCUGACCCCCCUGAGAGUGAGAGACUGCCCAUCCUCAACGAGGCCUGGAAGGUGAUCACUAAAGUGCGCAAUGCCCAGGAUUACAUCACCUGUGCGGAAAUUUGGGUUGAGUUCACCUGUCGGCAUUUUACGAAACGAGAGGUCAACACAGUGCUGGCUGACAUUAUCAAGCACAUGACCCCUGACCGUGCGUUUGAGGAUGCUUACACAGAGCUACACUCUGUGAUGAUGAAGAUCCUCACCUAUUUCCACAACUUCUCUGUGCUCUUCUCCAUGGAGAAGUUCCUGCCCUUCCUGGACAUGUUCCAGAAAGACAGUGUUAGGGUGGAGGUUUGCAAAUCUAUCAUGGAAGUCUUCAUCAAGCACCAGCAGGAGUCAACUCGUGAUCCUGUCAUCCUCAAUGCCCUCCUACACGUCUGCAAGACCAUGCACGACUCCGUCAACGCUCUGACUGUGGAGGAUGAGAAAAGGUCGGUCUCUCUGCUGAUCAACGGCUUCAUCCGCAUGGUAUCGUUUGGCCGGGACUUUGAGCAGCAGUUGAGCUUCUGUGUGGAGGCCAGAGCCACAUUCUGCAACCUGGAGCCAGUUAUAAUUCAGCUUAUUCAUACGGUUAAUCAGCUGGCCAUAGAGACCAGGAGAGUGAUGGGAGGAAGCCACUCACGCAAAACGGCCGCGUUUGUCAGAGCAUGUGCGGCCUACUGCUUCAUCACCAUCCCCUCCAUCAGCAACAUCUUUAGCCGCCUCCACCUCUACCUGCUCUCAGGGAAGGUAGCACUGGCCAACCAGUGUCUGUCCCAGGCCGACGCCUUUAUGAAGGCGGCGGUGAGUGUUCUGCCUGAGGUACCCCGCACCAUCGUUGUGGAGGGCAAACAGCGCUCCUCAGAGUCCUUCCUCCUCGAGUUCAUCAGCAGCUUCCUUUCCACACUGCUGGUAGUGCCGGACCACCCUGAGCAGGGUGUGUUGUACCUGGUGAGAGGGCUGUUGAACAUGGUGCAGGACUACACCUGGGAGGACAGCAGUGAUGCUAAAGUGCGUGUGUACAUCAGCGCCCUGCCCCUGCUGGCAGCCAUGAGCCAGGAGAGCUACCUCUAUACCAUCCUUAACGUGGACUCCAAUGAGACGCUUUACGGAGGAGACCCCAAGUUUGUGGCUGAGAUCAGCCGGCUGUGUGAGACACUGAUUGGACAGGUGCUUGACCAUCUGAAGACCCUGGGCCGAGAGGAGGGAGUGCACAGACAGGGCAGUUUGGCCUUUUCACUCUUCAGCUGUCUGCUGGCUCACGCAGACCUGCGCAACAACAAACUCAACCAGCUGGCUGUCAACCUGUGGAACCUCAGUCAUAAGAAUGGCCAAUGCGACACUCGCAUCUCGGUUCGCACCCUAGAACAUAUCAAGAGCCAGGCCCAGCACUCCGAGCUGUCUCAUCUCUCCGACAUGCUACUGCGUCUUUCUCUGCAGUCGCGAGCCUGAGAGACUACCUGUGACCUCCCUUUGACCUUCACGUGUCCGUAUGAGCUAGAGCCAAGCCUCGCCCCGUACAAGCUUGGGGUGGAGAGCUUUGCUGGAAGAGCCAAACAGGGCAGUAUGUGUGGAGUGGUGUGGUUCUAAGAUGGAGGUGAAUUUAGGACUUUUAGAACGCUCUGCUCUUCCUGUCAUCAUUCAUGGAUGGAUGCCAACACCACCCAUCUACUCUUGUGAUCAUGUUAAGUCUCAGCAUUAGACGCAGAUGAAGCCUAACGGUUUUCUGUUCAUGCACUUCGUUUUGUAUAUUUGUAUGUGUACUCUUGCAUAAUAUAAAUGAUUAACACCCUGAUCUCUCUUUACCUUAACAAGGUAGAGUCCUGUGUCAGCAACAAUGAACGCAGUUAAACUCGGGCAUCAACCUACAACAAAAAAAAUCUGUUGUGAGACAUUUCACUUGUGUGUACACAGCUCAGUGCUAGAUUACUUUAUGCAAAACAUUCUCUAAGUAUGUAUUCCUAUAAGCCCCCCUGCUGUGGGUAGUCACACCCAUUCAAUCAGCCAAUCGUAUACUAACUACAGGCAGGGGCUACAGGCAAUAGUCUCUCUGUUAAUGUGAUUGGCUGUUUGAUGCCUUUGUCUGUUGAAUCUGCACAUAACAUAAAAUGAUUCCUCGUUUUGCACGGUCUGUAUCUGGCGUAGUAAGUCCUAAAAGUGUGAUUGAGCUCCAUAGCAGAGUUACAAGGAAGUUCAUUUUAUCAUCUGACAGCAGUGUUAUUUAGCAAAUGCAAAAAAAAAAAAAGGAGAAAGUUUAAGGUUUAUUUAAACCUUAAAUGUUAAAUGCCAGAAAAAGAACCAUAGACCUGCAGUAAUCGUUAGAGGGGGGAGAAGGGUUGGUCUUUAUUAAUACAGCUGAAGUGGCAGUUGAUAUUUUUUCCCUAAACCAGACAGCAGUUAUAAUCAAUCAAAAUCGCACAUCAGUCCACACACCA